AUGGAUCAUGGGACGGUGGCUGGAGCCGUCGCGACGCAGGCGCCCCCAUGCCCCGCGACGGUUGUACCCGCCAGCAAGCCUGGCCUGAUCAGCCAUGAUGAAGUUCGGGCAUUGGAGUCCUCCCUGGACCAUGGCCACUCCGUACGGGCACUGUACCGCUUCGACGCCGCCCUGCGUGCGCUGUCCUUGGAUGAGUUUGCCGCCAAGCUGCGCCCCGUCAUGCUGGAGCUGGCCUUCAACCUGGAGUCUUUCAACCCCGCCUUCACCGCCGUUCUGCUCAAGGUUCAGAGCACCAUCGGCCUGAGCGGGUACCACGCGCGCGACGAGGCGCUGAAGCGCCUGAUCCUGCCCCUGGCGGGGGAAUACGGGCUGCACGCCGACCAGCCCCAGGGCGCGACACACCGCGCGCUGUUUGCCGAGUUCUACGAGGACCUGCUGGGCGAGGCGCUGGAGCCGGCAAUGCGCGCCGCGGCGACGAGCUUCCCCCCCGCCGCGGCGAUCCUCUACUCCCAGAUGAUGCGCGAUGUUCUGGGGGGUGGCGGGCGCACCGGGGACGCCCAGGAGCAGGCGUCGUACGCGCUGGGCUACAACCUGGCCAUCGAGUACCUGGCGGACGUGGAGAAGCGGCUGGAGCUGGAGGCCUUCCGCCACCUGGACGAGCGCGUGCUGGCGCCGGCGGGGCGCCGUCUGCGUGCCUGGGAGUUCCUGGAGGUGCACGCCGAGGGCGAGGCCGAACACGCGGCCAUCGGCCACGCGGCCGCCUGCGGCCUGGUCCCCGCCGACCACGCAGGCCUACUGCACGCCGCGGCCGCAGACCAUGAUCGCGACUUUGCCGCAUUCUACGACGCGCUGGCGGCCAUGCUGGAGUGA